AUGGAUAACAUACUGCGACAAAUGGAUGAAAUUGCUGAAACAAAGUUCGACCCGGAUAGAAAUGCUGGAAAACCGGUAGAACUUGAAAAGUAUGCCGGAAAGUUGGAGGAAAUGAAAAAGGCGAUUCGAGAGUUUGAAGAGAAAAGAGAAUGUGAAAAAGAGAAGAAGGAGUGCGAUAAGAGCGAUGAUGAGCAAAUUGAUAAGGGAAAAGUUAAGCCAACCAAGACAAUUUGA